GCCUGCAGGGCUGUUUUAACGGCGCUCUCGGUGAAUGAUCAAGACGCGUCCCGUUUUACUCGACUUCACCCACAUGAAGUGAGACGUUAGUGCUCGAGCCAUCAGCUGGCGGUGACACGGACACAACUCACCACUCCUCGCCCUCCCUUCAAACCCUCUCAUCAGCCGAAUGAGGGGACUGGGAAAGAAAAGCCAAGUGAGUGAAAGAAAGAAAUAAGCAGGGAAGGAGAGAAGAGUGCUCCAUGGUCACUCGCCCAUUGGAAGCCCGAGAGCACAUUUUGGAUUCGACUUUUUCUUGGAGGGGACUUGAGAGAAGAAACAAGCGUUUGUUGGCGUGCCAAAGGCGAACAGCCAUGCACCUGAAUCGGGAGGACGAGGACGGAAAAGGUUCUUUGUCUCUGAGUGUGUUCCUGGUAUCGGUGGGUUUAACAGUGUGUGUCGUGUGGCUGGUGGCGCUAUGCGGGGUCUGUGGAUGGUGUCAACGCAAAUUGGGGAUGAGGAAUAAGCCGGGGGUGGAGACAGCGGGGACCCCAGACACGGUGUCUGUGUCGGGGAGAGGCCGAGGAGAAAAUAAAGCCAUCAAUGAUCUUGACAGGGACUUUUGGAAUAACAAUGACAGCAGCAAUGUGCAGCAGCGCUGGAGCUCCUACCCACCCAAGGAGUUCCUCUCAACAUGUUCCCCCUACGCCCCCUACGGGAAAAAAAAAGGAGACCCUCGCCUCACGCCCAAAGAGGGGAAGAUGGUCGUACUGUCCCUCGCGAUCGGAUUGGUCGAACAAGAUGACUUCGCCGACCUUCCAGAUCUACAGGAGACACCAGCUGACAAGGAAACACCUCCUGCUGACAAAAGAUGUAAUAAAACCGGCAGCAGCCCUAAAGGUCAGACCUCAGACGAGAGCAGCCGCCGGACAGACGCUAACUCCUCCGUCUCAGACCUGGCCAACUCCGUCACCAGUGAUAUGCUGAUGUUGUCCCCAGGCUCUGAGGAAGAGGAACAUGAAGGACCCGUGUGCGAGAAGCUGGGACGCAUCCAGUUCAGCGUGGGAUACAAUUUUCAGGACUCCACACUGACAGUGAAAAUCCUAAAGGGUCAGGAUCUACCUGCGAAAGAUUUCUCCGGCACUUCAGAUCCAUUCGUCAAACUCUACCUUCUGCCAGACAAGAAGCACAAACUUGAGACCAAGGUCAAAAGAAAGAACCUCAACCCUCACUGGAACGAGACCUUCCUGUUUGAAGGGUUCCCAUAUGAGAAGGUGGUGCAGCGCACACUGUACAUGCAAGUGCUAGAUUAUGACCGUUUUAGCAGGAAUGACCCUAUAGGAGAGGUGUCCAUCCCCCUGAACAAGAUCGAUCUGGCCCAUAUGCAGACCUUCUGGAAGGAGCUGAAACCUUGCAGUGACGGCAGUGGGAGUCGAGGAGACCUGCUCGUGUCUCUGUGUUACAAUCCCACUGCCAACACCAUCACUGUGAGCAUCAUCAAGGCACGCAAUCUCAAAGCCAUGGACAUCGGGGGAACGUCCGACCCCUACGUCAAAGUGUGGCUGAUGAACAAAGAUAAACGAGUGGAGAAGAAGAAGACGGUGGUGAUGAAGAGGUGUUUGAACCCUGUCUUUAAUGAGUCCUUCCCCUUUGAUGUCCCCGCUCACGUCCUCAGAGAGACCACCAUCGUCAUCACAGUCAUGGAUAAGGACAGACUGAGCCGCAAUGAUGUCAUAGGCAAGAUCUAUCUCUCAUGGAAGAGUGGCCCAGCAGAGGUGAAGCACUGGAAAGACAUGAUGAGUCACCCGCGCACCGCCGUCGCCCAAUGGCACGCUCUCAAAGCUUGAAGGACCCACCCACCAAAAUUUGUUUAUGGAGACCCUUCCUUUAUUCACAGCUUUUAUUUUUUCCCACCAAAAAGAGGCUAAGCACUGCCAAGAAGACUGGGAGAAAAAGUCUUGCGUAACCGAGAGAGGUAAACAGACUCGUCUUCCUUGAGAAAAAGUUUGACAACUCGACUGUUCUCUGAACAGCUGGACCGCGCAACAAGGUGACUUCUAUCAUCGCUGAACUUGAAACGGCAGAAAGCAAACUCCCAAACAGCCCCCUCUAUUGCCAUGUUUGUGUCUCACCUCUCUCGUGGCGUCCAUCUGAACCUACGGAAAGAUCCGGAAGGAUCGCAACCACAGUGCAAUACCUAGUUGAAGGAGGGAUGAACUUGUGUGUUGGAAUUUGUCACUUCUUGAUGUUUUCUCGGAACAGUGUAGAAAUUUGCUGGAACUCUUCGUUGUCUGUAUGUACUGUGGGUGCUGUUAUGUGACAGAAAAAAAGGUCUUGUUUAUAAAAAAAAAAAAAAUGAAGUUCAAGUGCGUAGAGGGAAUACAUUUGAACAAUUUUAGAACAUUCCAACAAGUGUAGAAAACAAAAUAGGGACAAAAAAAAACGUUGAGUGGGUCUACGCAAGUACAUGAAUGCAAACAUUUCUAUGUUAGCUUGAUUUAAAUGCAUUGUUGGUUAAAUGAUUUAGGCUUUGUUUCCACCUGGUAUUAAUAUGCGUUUUCAGUGAUCCAAUCACAAGCGAGAUGCAUUACAGUUUACUCCUGCAUUUAAAUGCAUUCCCAUGCUAACUUGUGUUCCGUUUUUGUCAAGACCCUUCCUUUUUAUUUCGUCGCACGCUACAUUACUUUCGCAGUAGCGUCAAGAAUGGUACACAAAGAAGCCGUUACACUACUUAUGAAUGUAAUGCGAAUGUAAAGGAUAUGAAUGGCACAGUAACAGAUUUUGAUCAUAAUCAGUGUGUUUUAGCACAAUAUAGUUAUAGUUAACAAACUAAAACUGAAGUUAAAACUA